CACAAACCUUCUAGCUAGCAAUUUUUAGGAAUACCCUUUGGCCAUGGCUAACGUGAACAUGCCUAGCUACCACCAAAGUGGUCCUCCUAGCCAAGGUAUCGUGCAAAAGGAGCAUUUUCUCCACUUGUACGUGCACCAGAACUACGAUGAGCCAAAUCUUAACCAGCGGAUGGUGGCGAAUCCAGGCUUUCCCAAUCGCGUUGGUGAGUUGAUUGUUAAUGACUGGGUCAUUCGUGAUGGUCCUAGCCUCGACGCAGCCGUUGUUGGGCGUGCUCAAGGCCUGCAUACUGCUGCAGGGAUGAAACAAGUGGACUGGUUCUUUUGCGACAACAUAUUGUUCACCGAUACAUGGUAUAACGGCUCAAGCAUUCAGUUUAUUGGGAAGUAUCUCGAACCAACAGGGUCAAAAGGUGAAUGGGCCAUCAUAGGUGGAACCGGAGAGUUUGCUUGUGCCCAGGGUGUCGCCUCAUACGAAGUGAUCCAGAGGAAUGGGUCACAUGUUGUCAUGGACCUUCAUAUCCGUGCUUUAUGCCUCACCUUUCCACAACCAAAUCCAGUGAUCCCGGUUGACAAGACUGAGUUGUUGGGUGGGAAUGGAGGGGAUGCAUUUGACAUCUCUGAGCAACCUAAGCGUCUAGACAGUGUGACAAUUCGAAGUGGCGAUGUCAUUGAUUCAAUUGCAUUUUCAUACAUUGACCAAGCUGGUAACAAGAAAAUCGCCGGUCCAUGGGGUGGUAAUGGUGGGUUUUCUAACACGAUCUUGCUUGCUCCUACAGAGAUCGUGAACAAAGUUUUUGGAACAACUGGUGACUUCAAUAACAACACAGUUGUAACAUCACUUACCAUUGUCACCAAUGUUAACACAUACGGACCUUUUGGAAAAGAACAGGGUACUCCGUUUAGCAUUCCCAAGGAGAACGAUAAAAUCGUUCUGGGCUUAUUUGGACGUGCUGGACAAGUUGUUGAUGCCAUUGGAGCUUACGUCGGCCCACCAGCUGCAAAUUAGUCCAAAUGAGCUUAACCUUACAAAUGGUGUUCCCACGACGCAUUUCCCUUUGAGCAUUACCUUUCAGCAAUAAUAUAAAAGGACACAAGUUGUCCGCCUACCCUGUACUUUUUUCUCAUGCGUCUUUUUUUUUAAUUGUCCACCAUGAUGUAAGAGAAAUAAAGUUACUUGAGAACCAACCUGUGGUUGGAUGGUUAGGAGGGCAGUGGCACCCCCAGCCCACCAGAGUUCAAAUCCCAGAUUUGACACUUUGGUGUCUCAUAAAGGCGGAAUAUUCUUCAGUGGGAGGCGACGUUCCCGUCGACAGCGAGGCGCCUGUGGUGACUUCGUCAAUCUCAAGACCCGUCGGAUCAGUUCUUCAACGCAGUCUCUUGGAGGUGCUCAUAGGGGUAGGGUGUGAGUGUGUGCGCGUAUGUAUGAGCGUCUUUGAUUGUACUGUGUUUCGCAAAAAAAAAGAAAUAAAGUUACUUACGAUCCGUUGGUUCAUUUGAUCACAUUAUGUUCAUGAGAUAUUUAGUAUUGUCCUAUAA